CUGUCAGUGACCCCACGGCCUCGCUUUUAGCGCGCUUUCUCCCUGCGCGGACAUGCCGCGGGGGGUUUCCUGGUCGCGCGACCUGGAAGCUUCGGCAUCCAAAAAUUGCCGCUCCAAAGCGGACUUUUGACGUCGCCGAGUCGAUUCUUUUCGACCGUCCACUCCUUCUCGCUCUUGUAUUAUUAUCCCUUUUGAGGACCGGCAAUCACCAUACACAUCUUGCUCACUCAAUUGGCUCAUUGAUUGCUUUAACAACCCACCUAGAGUCGAGAAGGACAACCUCUUUCGACUUCGACGGCGGUGCCGAGCCACACCACCAACAUGAUUCCCUCCAAGCUCACUCCAGCCGCAUGGCUGCUGCUUCUGGGCACAGCAUCAGCAGCGCCAGUGACCGAGACUGAGACCGUUGCCCCCGCGGCGGCAGCCGCCCUCGCCGACACGGCCACGGACACAGGUGCCGCACAGCCAGUGCCCACCAACGAGCUGGGUGCCAACGCAUUCGCCCCUUGUAGCAACCCCGACGGCGAGUUCAGGCCGUUCUGUCUCCCCAAGCAACACGAGAUCUACUAUCCCGGGUCAACACACUACGUAACUUGGGACACCUCCUUCUUCCCCGACCCCAACAACACCCUCGUCAAAGUCGCCGGGUUCUAUACCAACAUCACAAACCCCUCGGAUGACCCCGCCGACCAUACGCACGACGACUUCGAAGAUCAAGAAGCCUUCAGCUCUGACACCAUCUCGGCGCUCUGGGGCUUCUACCAGUGGCACCCGGAAGGGUCCCUGCUCUCGAGGCCAUCCGUCGACCAGGCCAACAUCACGCUGCGGCUGGUGGCGCUGCCGGCGAACGGGCAGCCGGCGCAGUGGCACUCCGGGCCGACGGUCAACCUGCGGUGGAAGCCCAGCCCGCCCAAGAAGAAGCGGCCCGGCCACACGCCGACGCGCGCCGACGCCGACGUGCUCUACAUCGCCCUGCCCCUCGUCUUUGGCUUCGCCGCCCUCAUGAUCGCCGGCACCUUCUGCUGGAACAGGCAGCUGCGCCGCAUCGGCAUGGGUAGCGUCAUGGGCCGCCGCGCCACGCGCAAGACCGGGGUGAGCAGGAAGGAUAGGGCGAGGAACCGGGAUAAGGAGCAGGGGAUUCGGCUCAUGGAGAGCGCCGGGAGUGGGGGGAUGGAUACGGAUGAGGAGCGGGAUUGGGGUGAGGGUGGGGGGAGGGCCGGCCGGAAACGGGACUAG